ACCUUCUCUAUGGUUGUGCCAUCGUUUGCGUUAUUUUAUUGCUGACCAUUUUAGUUUCUAAUAGCGUUAUUUGCUAUUAAUUGAAAUACCUGCGAAAUAAAACCAUAUAACUCAUAUUUUGUGAUAUUAAUUAAUUUAAUUAUUCAAUAUAUUGUUUGGUACAAUGGCUGAUAGUGAUGAUGAGUACGAUCGUAAGAGACGCGACAAGUUUCGCGGAGAAAGAGGUGCUGCUGAGGGGAGUAGCUACAGAAGCAGCGAUAGACGGGAAGAAAGAAGUCGAGGCCGAGAGGAAUGGUCUGAAAGAUCUCGGGGAGGCCGCUCAGGUCCUGACUAUAGAGAUUACCGUGGUGGAGCAACUGCCAGCCGAGGAUUUUCACCAGUCAGAGGUGAGGGCCCACCCAGCAAGCGCAUAAGACCAGAUUGGCCAGGUGAAGACAGAAGGUAUGGAGGAAUGCCGCAUGAUUCGUAUGGGUCAUAUGGCUGGGCUCAUGAUCACUUCGGACCUCAUCCUGCACAUCAGGGCUAUGGUCAACCUAUGCCACCAGUACCAGCAAGGGAUGCUGUGCUGCCCAUGGGUCCAACUGAUGGUCCUACCAAUAUGAUGACUUUCAAAGCAUUUUUAGCGGCUCAAGAUGACUCCAUCACUGUUGAUGAUGCGAUACUGAAAUACAAUGAAUACAAACUUGAGUUUAGAAGGCAGCAGCUUAAUGAAUUUUUUGUUGCUCAUAAAGAUGAAGAAUGGUUCAAGAUUAAAUAUCACCCUGAAGAGUCAGUGAAGCGUAAAGAUGAACAGCUAGCGGCCUUAAAGAAUCGUCUAAAUGUCUUCCUUGAGCUGUUGGGACAAGGAGAAUUGGAAAAGGUGUCAGUAGAUGUUGAUAAAUCCGAAAAAUUGAUACGUUUGCUCGACACAGUAGUAAUAAAGUUAGAGGGUGGUACAGAUGAAGAUUUGAAAGCACUCGAUGAUCCAUUACCGGUAGAAAUUAUUAAUGACAAGCAAGAUAAAAAUGACACAGAGAAAGCUGUUGUAAUUGACGUAGAUGCAGUAAAAGUAAAAGAUGAAAAUGAAAGUCAAGAUAAGGAUAAGGACCAAAAGGCGGAGUCACCUAAACCCACCGCACCUCUGACGAUGGAGAUCGAUCCUCAUUUGCGUCAACUGCAAGAGCAAGCUAAGUUGUUCUCCAGAUAUAACUCUGUUCCAGGGCAAGAAGCAGAAACAGAAGAAGUGCCUGAGAAAGAGCCACCACCACCCGGUUCCUCUUCAAGCUCGUCGUCAUCCAGCUCUUCAUCAUCGAGCUCCGAGGACGAGGGAGAAACAACAUCUCGCCGUAAAUCGAAAUCUAAAUCUAAAUCAAAAACGCCAGACAAAUCUCCUAAAGAAAAGGAGAGAUCGAAAUCGCCGAGCGUGGAAAAAGUUAGCGAAAACAAAGACAAGGAGGCCAGCAAUGAUAAAUCUGACCAAGCGAAUGAUGUGAUAGUGGAAAAGAAGGAAUCGCGUGCGCUACAUAAAACUACGUCGAUAUUUUUGAGAAACUUAGCGCCUACUAUUACAAAGGCUGAAGUCGAAGCGAUGUGUAAACGUUACGGUGGAUUUCUGCGCGUGGCGUUAGCCGACCCGCUACCGGAGCGGCGUUGGUUUCGCCGCGGCUGGGUCACUUUUCGCCGUGAGGUCAACAUAAAGGACAUCUGUUGGAACCUAAAUAACAUACGGUUGCGGGAAUGCGAGCUAGGCGCGAUAGUGAACCGCGACCUACAGCGUCGAAUCCGGCCAGUUUCGGGCGUGACGCUCGAGCGCGGUGUAUUGCGCGCAGACGCACGUCUCGCGGCUCGCUUGGCUCAUCACCUCGACACUAGAUCUCGGCUCUGGCAAGAAGAAUCCACCCAGACCAGCGACGCCACUCAACCAGCCGAAAAGGAGCAAGACUCUGUGAACUUCAGCCUGAACUCCAAAAAUCCUGUACUCCAUAAGAUAACAGAGCAUCUAAUCGAAGAAGCUUCUACAGAAGAAGAUGAACUAUUGGGACUGGAGGCGUCCUCUGAACCCACGACUCUGGAACAACCGGACCCAGAUCUGAUCCGCGUGUUGGACCGACUUGUGUUGUACUUGCGUAUUGUGCAUUCGGUGGAUUAUUACAAUCACUGCGAGUAUCCCUACGAGGAUGAGAUGCCGAACCGGUGCGGUAUCAUGCACGCGCGAUCUGGACCACCUGCCAAUAAGCCCUCUCAGCAAGAAAUUCAGGACUACAUCAGGGCAUUCGAAGGAAAAAUGUCUGCUUUCUUACAAGACGUGAAGCCCCUCAGCGAUGAGGAAUUGCAUAAACUUGGUAUUAAGGAUUCGGAAGCAGAAGUGGAAAAGUUUAUUCAAGCUAACACACAAGAACUCUCAAAAGACAAAUGGCUUUGUCCACUAAGCGGCAAGAAGUUUAAGGGACCAGAUUUCAUAAGAAAACAUAUCUUUAACAAACACGCUGAAAAGGUGGACGAGGUGCGUCGCGAGGUGUCGUACUUCAACGCGUACGUGCGCGAUGUGAGACGUCCCCAGCAGCCCGAACCUCCGUCUCGACCCACGCCUCCCGCGCAACACGCACCGCCUAUGCACAUGUAUAGUGGUGGGGGUGGCGGAGGAGGUGGGGGAGCGCGCGGUUGGGGCUGGGGAGGAUGGGCCCCACCGCCCGCACCCUACGCGCCGCGACACCCGCGAUUCUCGCGACCCAGGGAAACCGUGGAUCGAUCCCGGCCUAUUAUUGCUUACAACGAUCUCGACUUCCCGGAUAAUGGUGACAUAUUUUAAGUUACAAAGAAGGACAGGAUACAUUGUAUUAUUUUAUAUAAAAAUAUUAUAAAUAUUUCAGACGUAACUAUGAAGAUUUCAUAGAUUAUCUAAAAAAAUGCUUGGUUUUAUCACCCUUUUUUUAUAUAAAAUCGAAUGAUAUUAUUGUAUCAGUAAUAGCCAAUUCUUCAGAUAUUUUUUUUCGGACAAUGUUCUUCUAACUUACUUCGACAAUUAAGUACAAUAUAUAUUUUAAUUCUUUUUUGUUAAUAUAGACAAUUUUGUAAUCAGUUUAGAUAGAAAGAAAUAUAGUAUAGUGCAGUGCGACGCAUUGUUAGCGCAAGAAUUUUUAUAAAUCUUACUUUUAUUUUGAUGUUUCUAGUGUAUGAUGUAUAAAAAUAAAGUGUCCGAAAAUGA